GCGCCAUCUGCCUGAAUAAUGGUGAAGAGGAAGAAAACUCGAGAGACUGUAAUGGCGUCGAGUUUUCUUAAGACAUUUACUCGAGUUGUUGUUUUUCAGAGGCAUUUUCCCCUGAAAAUCUCACACACAGCUCCCCAAACGUAGUGUUGUUUGCUGAAAUAGCUAUUGCAGUGUGAAUUGGUGGCCUCAGUGGACUGAAAAAUUAUUGUGAUUGUGAGAAAAUUGAGGGUAAAUUGAGUGACACAACUCCCGCGAUUUACCGCGUCGAUCUGGAAAAUCUCAUUUUUCCCUGCCAACAGCCUGGAUACUGGGCUACUGUUGGUGUCAAUAGUUACUCCUGUAGACUGUUGAGAGAAGUGGAGGGAAAUUUUGCUGGCGGAGGUGCCCAAAAGUGGUGUAAAUUGACUGUUUGUGAAGCAAUACAAAAUGUGUGGUUAGUUUAUUGAGGGAUUCGUCCGGAUUUCCUGAACCAAAUCACACAAUCUCUUGAGGACCUAUGUGAAGAUUUGAUGCCAAAAUGAGUGUGGCACCGGAAGAAUUUGACACGGUGGUGUUUGAGAAGAAUCUCAGCGGCCUGAAAGACACACAGGACAGCAUCAGCUCCAUGUCAACUUGGUGUCUUCAGUGGCGAUCACAUCACAAGAAGAUCGUCUCCAGCUGGCUCACUGUCCUCAAGCAAGUCAAAGUGGAGCAUCGCCUGACACUCUUCCACCUGGCCAACGAUGUGAUUCAGUACAGCAAGAGGAACAACUAUGAGUUCGUGGAGAGCUGGGGCACGACUCUGCAGCGCGCCACGACGAUGGUGCGCGACGAGAAGGUGAAGAGCAAGAUCCUGCGCAUCUUCAAGAUCUGGGAGCAGCGCGGCGUCUACAAUGAGGACUUCCUGGCGGAUCUCGUGGGGUUGCUCAAUAUGCCGCCGCCGGCGAAGAAGAACCAGGAGUCCAAGGAGCCCGAGGUGGCCGACGAGACGACAGCCCUGAUCGCCAACGUGCGGGACUGCGUGAAGCUGCAAGAACGCACGGACAAGAGCUUCAAGAACCUCUCGAAGAUGCCACAGUGUGACGUGGACAAUAUAAAGCAAAAUCUCAAGGAUCGCAGCCACGUGGAGGACGUGGAGAAGGAGUUGGAAGAGUGCCUGACAAAUCUGGAAAGCUAUAUGAAUACCCUGAAGGCGGAGAUCAAAGCGAGAGGAAUCCUCAUCACGGCUCUCGUGCAGGCGGAUGAGUUCUACCACAAUCAGCGAGGCGAUGUCAAGACAGUGGCAAUUGCCUAUCGGAACUUUGGGAAUCGCGUGAAGGCGAUGAAGAAGAAGCUGGAAGAAUUGACACCGUCGCUGCCCAGUCCAAUCCCAUCACCGGACAUCAAUGCCCCGUCGCCGGAGCCGGACGUGGAGUUUGAGUUCCCCGGAAGUGGGGCGAAUUACUCGAAUGGAUUCAUGAGUUACAUGGACGGUGGCGCGUUGCCAUUCGAUAUCAAUGACUUUCAUCGUGAUAGCCACAGCAGCCAGAUGCGAUCGGAUCACCGGGCGUCGGGGCAGCAGAUCCAAGUGAUUGACUCACGAGGCUCCAGCCAGAGCGAGGCGGCGGACUUCAGUGUGAACAACAUCUUCAAGAACAUCAUCAAUGACACGCCGCCCAGCAAGUACAUCCCGUCGCUGCAGACACCCCAGCCCGUACCGCCCGUGGCGCCGAACUCCUUGCCAUCAUACCUGGGCGUGCGUGCGCCGGAUCAGGUGCCGUACAAUCCGGGCAUGAGUCUGGACGAGUUCACGACUGAGGAGGACUAUGGGCGACGGUAUGGCGAUGAGACUGGUCAGAGCUACACGCCCUCCAUUGUUCCGCCACCAGUGCCGCCGCCCAUUCGGCAGAACUCAAUGAACAACUACGGUGGCAACUGGGGAAACAGUGGCUUGGAGUGGCUGGGGAACAAUUCGACAGGCUAUGACCAGACAACGGAGACUCCAUCGUCGCCGCCACACUUUGAUCGCAAGCCCACGAAUGACACAGGAAUGAUUGAGUAUAUUGAGAAUUCCGAGAACUCUGGAGCGACUGAUGUGGAUCACAGACAGUUGAAUCUUCCGUCAGAGAUUCUGUCAACGCCUUCCAAAGUGAAAAAUCGUGCCGUCGAUGUUGAUCAUCGCAAUUUGAUUUCCCUGACCGGAUCGCCGAGGAGCAAGGCGAACAGUGAGAAGGAAAUCCCACCGCCACCAGUGGCUCCUCCGCUUCUCUGGCCACCGUCAUCUGGUCAGGAUGUUGACAUGAGGAGGCAGAGCUCUCUGACGCCGGGCAAUGCUGAGAGAGUGAGUCCGCCGAAGGCGGGCGAGGCGGAAGAGCCAGUUGUGCCUCCACCACUUCCUCCCACACUGAUUCCAGUUGAUCCUCCGCCUGGCUUUGAUGCCUUCAUGAAGGAGUCCAUGAAUGCAAACUCGUCACUGCUACCAAAUUUCCAAAAACCCCCGCCGGGUUUCGUGGUGCCGUCCGUGCCGCCACUCAACAAUGCGAUGGGGAAGAAGAUCAUGAAGUCGCCGAACGCGAAGAACGUGCAAAAUGGCCCGGACAAUGUUGAGAGUGUCGACAUGGAGAUGUCCGAUGAUGAUAUCGAAGAGUAUCACAGACAAGAAGAGGAUGGCAAUGAUCUGGGCGGAGAUCAGAUGGCUGAUGGUGAGGGAGAGGAGAUGGACAACGAUAUGAGAGCACGAGGAAUACAGAUGGGCUUCAUGCAGCCGCCAGGAAUGAAUUUCUCACCCUACAAGGGUCCUCCGCCACUUCUGCCAACGCCUCCCGGCGGUCCGAUGCACGGCGGCGGCGGCGGGAAUGGCAGCUGGAACGGACCUCCGAGUGGACCUGGAGGGAAUUUCAUGCGUGGCGGAUUCUUUGGCGGCGACAGGAUGCGUCCUCCCUUCGGCAUGCAGCCUCUGUUCAACUUCCGGCCAGGGAUGAACAUGAGGGGUGGCGUGAGGGCGCCCAGAGGACGACCGCAUCCCUUCCGCGGGAAUCCAAUGUUCCGCGGCGGCGGCGGAGGAAAUCGUGGGGCUCGAAGUGGGAAUUGGUGAAUUGGUCAGGAGGAGAACACUAAGAAUAUGUGUCAGUUUCUUUCACUAAGAUGACUUUGGCAUUAAAAACUGUAGAGGCCGAAAGAGGAGAGAAGAGGAUGUAGUUAAGGAUUUGCAGCAUAAAUAUUCUCACUGUGUGCAUUAUAAACGAACACGGUGUGCAGAAAAACACACGCAAAAAUAAUGAGAGAAACAGAAGAGUUUCCAGAGUUUCACUGAAUCCAUCAUUUAAAUGAAAUAAAAGUACAGUUUUUUCCCGCUUAAAUUUCUAUUAAUCGCUUAAUGAUUGUGUCUUCAACACACAAACACACGAGAGACACGUUUUUCCUUAUGAAUCCUUGAAGAUUUUGUUGUAAUUUGCAGAGUGGUGAAAAAUAAAUUGUUGAAAACAGCGUUAAUUAAAUUACUCAUCCCAAAAGUUGUUGUGCCUAAAAUUGGCUCUUUCUUAUUGGGCUCUAAAAAGAGAAAAGAAAUCUCAGUAAAAUAUAAUCCUCAACGUCAUCUUUCUCUACAAGAUGCCAAAAUUGUCCUGAUUAAAGAAAUUCACACCUCAAAUAUUGUACAAUCAGAGACUUUUUUCUGUUGCUGUUUUAACAAAUCUUCCCUUUAUUCACGUGGGUUGAAUUAUAAAUCCGCUCACGCUCAAGAUUUUUCUAGUCAAAAUGAGGGGGUUUUUUCUUUAAGUGGUAUUUUGAUAAAGAGUACAAAAUUGUAAUUUAACUUUUAUAUAUUUUUAAUAUCAACUAGAGACAGAGUAGAAAUUGUAGAUAAGAAUUUGUAGAAAAAAAAAACAUGUGAAUAAACAUAGUUAUUCCGUUGCAGUUUGAAUGAGAAAACUCUCUAUAAAGAUUAAAACUUUUAAGGAAACCUGUGAAUGCUUAAUGUAAUAGUAAACAAUAACAAUGAAGAAA